ACCAACCUUCGGAUGCUACCUGGACGUCCCGACUCCCGACACCGCACGACACCAACACGUACCAAACCCCAGCAGCUAUAAUCUAUGGAAUCCAACACAUCCGCACCGUCGGUCCCGUCUUCGGGCACCGCGACCCCCACAAUCCCCAACCUCAAGGACCGGCUGCCCAAGCUGGAACCCCGCCGCCGCCGACCGCCUCCCUCGAGCUCCAUGCCCGUUCCCGAGACGCCCGCCCUGCCCUCUCCGCCCGACACCGCCGCCGGCUGGACGUUCCAGGCCCCGACGCGGCGCAUUCUAUCCCGCCAGGACCACGACGUAUUUCAGUCCUCGCCCGCGGAUGCGUUGAUCAAGGCCUGGGUGUUUGGGCUGGCCGAGGCCGUCGUCGACACCCCGUGCUCGGCAGUCCAGGACGGUGAUCUCAGCGACACCGUCAAGGCCAUCUUGGCCAUACUUGACGAGUGCGAGGAGCUCAUAGCCAAGUCUCCUCCGAACGAGCAAGGGGGGUCGCGGUUCGGAAACAAGGCCUUCCGGGGGUUCCUCGACCUCGCAAAGGAUAGGUCAAGCAAGUGGCACCAAGGCUUGAAAGUAGAGGACGAGGGCGCCAUCGCCGAAGCAUCCACAUACCUCAACCAGUCGUUUGGCAACCGGAACCGGAUAGACUAUGGCUCUGGCCACGAGCUCAACUUCAUGAUGUGGCUCCUCUGUCUCUACCAGCUCGGCCGUCUGCAACGGACCGACUUCAAAGCCCUCGUUCUGCGGGUCUUUUCUCGUUACCUCGCCCUGAUGCGCAACGUCCAAAUCACAUACUACCUGGAGCCUGCCGGGUCGCAUGGAGUCUGGGGCUUGGACGACUACCAGUUCCUGCCGUUCCUCUUUGGCGCGUCCCAGCUCCUACACCACCCAUACAUCACGCCCCGCUCGAUACACCAGGAGCUCACCAUCGAAGAGUUUGGCCACGACUAUUUGUAUCUGGGGCAGGUCAGCUUUGUCAACAGCACAAAGACGGUCAAGGGCCUGCGGUGGCACAGCCCCAUGCUCGACGACAUCUCGUCGGCCAAGUCGUGGGGCAAAAUCGACGGCGGCAUGCGCCGCAUGUUCGUUUCCGAGGUCCUUGGAAAAUUGCCCGUGAUGCAGCACUUCUUGUUCGGCUCCCUGAUUCCUGCCGCCGACGGCAUGAGCGCGGAUGGUGGGGCUGCUGCGGAGGACAGCGACGACGAGCACGUCGCCCACGAUGGUGAGCAAGAGCAUGCACACGAUGGGACUGGUUGGGGCAACUGCUGCGGCAUCAAGGUGCCCAGCAGCAUUGCCGCAGCUCAGGAGAUGAAGAAGCACACCAGAGGGGACACUCUGCGUAGGAUCCCUUUUGACUGAUGGUAGUUGGCUGAUCGGUGGCCUGGUGGAGCUUGUAAAGUGACCUCCUCCAUGCAAUAUAACGAUACCCAAGAUACUACGUACUGCCGAAAGGCGGAGCCCAAUGCUCGUGAGAGUACGAACGGACCUUCGGCCCGCGACAGACUGAG